UCCCCUUUCCCUCCCCCGCCGCCCGCCCGCCUCCGCGAUCGCAAUUCGCAUCCGCCCCCCGCUCCCUCCCCUACCCAUGGCGCGGCGAUCCGCCCCUCUCCUGCGCCGCCUCGUCUCCGCCUCCUCCCCGCCCGCGCCGCAGCCCCUCCCGGGCCACUGCGGCGGCCUCGCGCGGCGCACGGUGACCUACAUGCCGCGGCCCGGGGACGGCACCCCGCGCGCCGUCACGCUCAUCCCGGGCGACGGCAUCGGGCCCCUCGUCACGGGUGCCGUGCGCCAGGUCAUGGAGGCGAUGCACGCGCCCGUCUACUUCGAGACCUACGAGGUCCACGGCGACAUGCCCACGGUCCCGCCCGCCGUCAUCGAGUCCAUCCGCCGCAACAAGGUCUGCAUCAAGGGCGGGCUCGCCACCCCCGUCGGCGGCGGGGUCUCCUCCCUCAACAUGCAGCUCCGGAAGGAGCUCGACCUCUACGCCUCGCUCGUACACUGCUCCAACCUCCCCGGCAUUCCCACCAGGCACCAGGGCGUCGACAUCGUCGUCAUCAGGGAGAACACCGAGGGCGAGUACUCGGGGCUCGAGCACGAGGUCGUGCCCGGGGUCGUCGAGAGCCUCAAGGUGAUCACAAAGUUUUGCUCCGAGAGGAUUGCCAAAUAUGCGUUCGAGUAUGCUUACCUUAACAACCGAAAGAAAGUCACUGCAGUGCAUAAAGCAAACAUCAUGAAGCUUGCUGAUGGUUUGUUCUUGGAGUCUUGCCGUGAGGUUGCUUCAAAGUAUCCUGGUAUUCAGUACAAUGAAAUGAUUGUUGACAACUGCUCUAUGCAACUUGUCUCAAAGCCUGAACAAUUUGAUGUCAUGGUUACACCUAAUCUUUAUGGCAAUUUGGUGGCUAACACAGCUGCAGGUAUUGUCGGAGGGACUGGUAUCAUGCCUGGAGGCAACGUGGGUCAGGACUAUGCCAUCUUCGAGCAAGGUGCUUCUGCAGGAAAUGUCGGAAAUGAGAAUAUCGUAGAGCAGAAGAAAGCAAACCCUGUCGCUCUGCUUCUAUCAUCCGCCAUGAUGUUGCGGCAUUUGCAGUUCCCGUCAUUCGCUGACCGGCUGGAGACGGCAGUGAAGCGUGUCGUUGCAGAAGGCACAUACAAAACAAAGGAUCUGGGCGGCACCAGCACCACACAGGAAGUCACCGAUGCGGUGAUUGCCAAUCUGGAUUAGAUUCCAGGCACAUGACUGGAACUGUUAAUUCUUUGGGGGGGACUAGUUGGCUAGUCUUGACUCCUGAGUGUUAUUCUACUUCACAUAGAUUUAGAUUCACAUUUUUCCAGAGCGAUUGCAAUGAAUCCAUUUUUCAGAUUUUGUUUAGAAAAUAAUCAAGGAACCCACGAGGAUGAUACUGUGUUCAAGGUAAAGACCUUGAGUUACAAAGUGAAUGGAUGCAGUCUCAAAAUAAUUUUAGUUUUCUAGUUGA